AUGCUGUCUCUGUUUAUUCCAGAGGAAGACGAUCAAAGUAAUGAAGAGGGUGAGGAACUUCAUCCACAAUUACCAGAUAAAUUUAGUAAUGAAGACUUAACAGGAAACGCUAGAAAUCGAGGCAUACCUAAGGAAAAGAAAGGCAACUAUCUGGAUGAUAAGAGAAGUGGACAAAACCAAAAUGUACAUUUUCUGAAGCACAGUAUAUUAAAGACAAGUAAAUCGAUUCAGUGUGGAAAGCACUUCAAAUAUAGAUCACAGCUUCUUGUGAACCGAAGAAUACUAAGAGGAGAGAAACCUUUUGAAUGCUUAGACUGUGGAAAGAAAUUCAGUCAGAAUGGCAAUCUUAAAGUGCAUAAAAGAACCCAUACUGGGGAGAAACCUUUUGAAUGCUCAGCGUGUGGGAAAAGAUUCGGUCAGAAUAACGGUCUUCAGUAUCAUAAAAGAACCCACACAGGGGAGAAACCUUAUGAAUGCUUAGAGUGUGGAAAGAGAUUCACUCAUAGUGGCACUCUUAAAGUACAUAAAAGAAUCCACACAGGGGAGAAACCAUUUCAAUGCUCAGAGUGUGGGAAGAGAUUCAGUAAAAAUCGCAAUCUUCAAUAUCAUCAAAGAACUCACACAGGGGACAAAUCUUUUGAUAAUUCAGAGAGUGCAAAGAGAUUCAGUCAGCGUAGCCAUCUUCAAGACCAUAAAAGAACCCACACAAAGGAAAAACCUUUUGAAUGCUCAGAGUGUGGCAAGAGAUUCAGUACACGUAACCAUCUUCAAGUGCAUCAAAGAAACCACACAGGGGAGAAACCAUUUGAAUGCUCAGAGUGCGGAAAGAGAUUCACUACGCAUAGCCAUCUUCAGUAUCAUCAAAGAACCCACACAGGGGAGAAACCAUUUGAAUGUUUGGAGUGUGGAAAGAGAUUCACUCAAAGUAGCCAUCUUCAAGACCAUAAAAGAACCCACACAAAGGAAAAACCUUUUGAAUGCUCAGAGUGUGGAAAGAGAUUUCGUAUGAGAAUUAAUCUUCAACGGCAUCAAAGAACCCACACAGGGGAGAAACCAUUUGAAUGCUCAGAGUGUGGGAAAAGAUUCUGUACGAAUGGCAGUUUUAAACUACAUAAAAGAACCCACACAGGGGAGAAACCAUUUGAAUGCUCAGAGUGUGGAAAGAGAUUCAGAGCGAGUUGCUAUCUUCAGCUGCAUAAAAGAACCCACACAGGGGAGAAACCAUUUGAAUGUUCAGAGUGUGGAAAGAGAUUCACUCAGAGUAGUCAUCUUCAAGAGCAUAAAAGAACCCACACAAGAGAGAAACCUUUUGAGUGUUCAGAGUGCGGAAAGGGAUUCAUUACAAGUCGCUAUCUUCAGCUGCAUAAAAGAACCCACACAGGGGAGAAACCAUUUGAAUGCUCAGAGUGUGGAAAGGGAUUCAGUCGGAGUGGCAGUCUUCAGCGGCAUAAAAGGACCCACACAGGGGAGAAACCUUUUGCAUGCUCAGAGUGUGGAAAGAGAUUCAGUCAGAGUAGCAGUCUUCAAGAUCAUAAAAGAACCCACACAGGGGAGAAACCUUUUGAAUGCUCACAGUGUGGAAAGAGAUUCAAUCAGAGUAGCAGUCUUCAAGAGCAUAAAAAAACCCACACAAAGGAGAAACCUUUUGAAUGCUCAGAGUGUGGAAAGAGAUUCAGUUAUAGUGGUAGUCUUCAAAAGCAUAAAAGAAUCCACACAGGGGAGAAACCUUUUAAAUGUUCCGAGUGUGGAAAGAGAUUCAAUCAGAGUAGCCAUCUUCAAGCGCAUACAAAAACCCACACAAAGGAGAGACAGUUUAACUGUUCAUGGUGUGGAAAGAGAUUUAGUAGGAGACGCUAUCUUCAACUGCAUGAAGGAACCCACACAGAGGAGAAACUGUAUGAAUGCUCUUAG